GCUAGAGUUUGCUACGAACCAUUGCCCUAUUCAUAGAUUUACUAUAACACCAGCGUACCAUUUAAUACUGAUACACCAUGACAGACAAUACACCUGCUCUGAAGAUCACCAUUCUCGGUGGGGGUAUUGCAGGCCUCACUACUGCAUUGGCACUCACAAAACACGCACCUUCUACUAGCCCUUGCCCAGAGAUCACACUAUACGAAAUCCGCCCUGAACCUGCGACGAUUGGAGGUGCUGUAAAUCUCACACCUAACGCGCUGCGAUUGCUCAGCCAUCUCGGUGCACUUCAAGAGAUCCGCUCGUUUGACUACGGCGCAGAUUGUUCGGCGGUCGAAGUUUUCGACCUCUAUACCGGCAACAAACUCGCAGAGAGCAGCUUCCGGGGUAAAGACGGCAAAGGCCUAGGCGAUCCACCCUUCAAGGCUCUUCGAAUUACGAGAGGCGAAGCUCUGGAAGGCGUACUGGCGGCAAUUGAAAAGCAUUCGAACAUCAAACUUAUCUGCGGGAAAAAGACGGUAGAUAUCAAAGAAGACGACAGUGGCGUCGACAUCACUUUCUCGGAUGGGGAAACUGCUCACAGCGACAUUCUCAUCGGUUGUGACGGCAUCCACUCGGUCACCCGUCUCAAGCACGUCGAACCAUCUCGAAAGAGCGUCUAUUCUGGUAUUUGCAAUGCUUUUGGCUUUGCGCCACGACGCAUGACCUCUUCAAGCGAUCAGGCCUACGAAGAAACGCAUUUUGAGAUCUCAGGCAUGAACUUCGGUCGACAGGGUAUCCUCUUGACAUCGUUCCACAACUCAGCAAAGGACUCGAUCUAUGUCGGCGCGCUGAUGCAGAUGCCUGAGAUAGCGUCGCGGGACGGCUGGAAAGCAGCGGGCGCUGAUGCUGAGAAAACUCGGUCCGACAUACUCAAGCGGUACGAAGGCGCAGCGCUGCCGCUGAUAAAGCAUGUGAUCGAAGAUGCGCAGGAUCUUUACCUCUGGCCAGUUUUCACUCUAUCGAAGGGCGGCAAGUGGGCGACCGAUCGUGUCAUGUUGAUUGGCGACUCUGCGCAUGCAAUGCCGCCACAGGGAGAAUCCACGGGUAUCGUCUUCGAGGAUGGUGUCCUUUUUGCGAGGUGUCUGGCGAGGUGGAUGGAAAAGAGCUCGGGAGCGCCUGUUAAGGAGGCCUUUGAUGCUUACGAACGCCUGAGGCGGGAGAGAAUCGACAUCGCUUUUGAUGAGAGCCAGAGCGUUGUCAAAACGGUACAGGAUGCAGGAUGGCUGGGUCACAAGAUUAAGACGAACGUCAUCCCAUGGUAUCUGUGGUGGACGAAAAGUUACAGGGAGAAACACUUCACCGAGGACGUCACGACCUGUGAGCUUGGCUAUUGAUAUCGUUUUCUAGCACUUUACGCCAUCGAUCUUGUUCAGCAC